UAGAGUCAGCUGGGACUCUGUUCUCAGUGCUUAGAGGAAAGCACAGAGUCUGCCAUCUCAGCACUGGUGGUGUUGUGCAGGAAGGAGCCAUUUUCCCCAAACUCUGUUUUCAUGAAUAAUUGCCUGAUGUAGUAUUGUGCAGUUAGGCACUUGCCAGGCUCACCCUCUGGGAAGGGACAGCCAGUGGGAAGGGACAGCCAGUGAUGCUCUGUAUCUUGGAAAUUAUUCCCCACAACUGCAGAGAAACUAGUGACAGAACUGGGGUUUGCAGAGUUUUUUUGGGAUUUCAUCUAUAGUUCUCCUUUUUUCAUCCCUUUCUAGUUCUUUGCUAAAUGCACUCCAAAAUACUAACAUGACAUUGAGCUCUUUGCUACAACAGACUUAACGUCUCCAAACUACAGUCUUCCAAAAGAAGAAAUUGGGCAAAACAAGGAUAUUGUUAGGUGAAAAUGUCAGAUCAGUCAGGACCAUAACCAAUUCUAGAAGACCAUAAAACCUUCCAGUGAUCCUGUUCUCUCACCUGACUCACUAGACAUGGCACCUGGAGUGUGAGAACUAGCUGCUGACUGGAGACCUUGAAGGGUUUGAUUAUCCUUAGGAGGGCCAGUAAAUCCUACCUACAUUUCUAUCCACCUCUGACUAGUGGUAGUACUUUAACUGAAGGGGAGAUGAAAAAAUCCAAAAGCAAGCUUAUUAGUACUCUAGAAAGUGUUUUAUGUCAGACAAUCAGUCUGUGAUAUAACUCCUAAACCAUUCUAAACUUGCCAUGUGAUGUUUUCUGUGAAGUUACUGUGGUUUGCCUAAAAAACACAUAAAUCCCUUCUGCCACUGCUCUGGUUGGAAGACUGUCCCAGAGCAUCAUUGCUCUUUCUCUAGCUUCUGUUCUAAACUCCCUGAGACCAAGUUAGACCUGUGUGACAAUUAUCUUUAAUUACAUUUAUCCUCCUUCUCUGACUUGCACAAACAUAUUUAACAACAUCUUUCUCCUUGUAACUUACCUUUUGGCAGGUUAAUAUUAAGCAAGCCAAUAUUUCACCUUUCUUUUGUAAGGGCAGGCUGUGUUGUUUAUUCAGGUUAAUAGCUCUUAUAUUUUUUCCCUUAAGUUGUUUUCUUUUCAGUUUGAUCUCAUAUUUCUCAAAACAGUUGAUAAGAGUGUAGUAAGUGUGGUUUAAUCAAUGCCUUGUUCAGCAGUAUUAAUAUUUCCCUGCUUCUGAAGUAAAAUACCAAAUCUGUUAGAUUGGGAAUUGCGUGGACUUGCUCCAUGAUUAUAUUGCAGAAAUCCCUGAGUCUUUCACACGCCUUUUCCUUUCAGCUGAUGAGUCCUUGGGGGUGUUUUAUUGGGUUUUGUUUGUUUAGCAGUCCCUAAAUGUGCUGUCCUUCACAUGAUAUUACUCCUAAGUUUAUCUUGCUCAGUUCACCUACCUGUUCCUCUGUGAUGCCUGGCAAUUUCAGUUCAUUUCCCUUGAUGAAACUGAAUGGAUCUAAAUCACCUUUUUGGGGGGGAGGAUUGCUAGCAAUCAUAUUAGGUGGGAUAAUUCCUAAAGUUGGUCUUACAUGAAUCUCUCUAGUUUCUUGUUUCAGGAAUUUUCUGUUAAAAGUAAGUAUCUGAGAAGUUUUCCAGGUGAGACAACUGUUCUAGUAAUGUCUGCAGGUUGUUUUCACUAAUGUAGGUGAGGCAUGAGAUUACUUCCCUUAAAUCCAGGCAGAUGAGAUCCAUUGCAUUCUCCUUGGCUAGGAAUGUCUGGGAAACAGUGUGACAAGUCCAUUCCUGUCCUCAGUGUCUUUUAUUCUUCCGUGCACAAGUUCACUUACAGCUUGAGCAGUGCUGGAUAAAAAGCCUUUCUCUUUAAUCUGGCAGCAAUGCUGAAGUGCUUUUGGUGACUGUGUAGUCCUAUAUAGAAAUGCUGGAAGAGCAUUCACCAGGUAUGAAUCAUUCAAAAAGCAGUCAGACAAGUUCACGUUGUAUCUUUUUGUACAAAGGUAUAGCUACAACCUCUGGCUCAGGAUAUUGUAAAGCAGUGAAUUCCUGCACUCUGGAGGAAUGUAUUAGAAAUAUCACCACAUGUUACCAUGCUCCCUGCAUUUUCCUCCAGGUAUUUGCCUGCUGGCUUUUACUCCUUGGAAUGCUAAAUGGACUGGUCUCCUAUUUUUACAAGAGCAGAGAGCAGAAGAACAGCUGCUGGAUCAGAGUGACCUUCUGUGGUGAAUAACUAUGGGCAGGUGUACAGGGAGGAGUAAGAGAAGGAUAAACAGACAUGAUGAUAAUCUCCAUUCUCCUUUCCUUUUUUCUUCCUUUGAAGCCAGAAAUAAUUUCUGUGUAUUUUUUUUAGAAGAACUUUAAAAAUGAAAUGUCAGAGGUUUCAAAAAAUGGAGUGUAUUUCUGUGCAGCCUUCAGACUAGUAGCAGAUAAUGUUACUAAAUACUUGGGAAAGGCUAAAUGCUCUGGGGAGUUGGUGAAAAAUUUGCUGAACUAACAGGUUAAAGUAGAGUUGAGAAAUUAUUCAAGACAUUUAGACAUUCAGCACUACCUUUGCUGAGGAAAAGCAUGUUUGGCUAAUCAGGAUUCUCUGAGCCAUUCUACAGAGAAGUGUAUAACAAAGAACAGUUAAUUAACCUGGAUUCCCAAAACUUGCCAAUUAAAGGCUGUUAAGGAGCCAGCUGGCUGUGAAGCAAGAGGAAAAAAGUGCAGCUGUGGACUUUGACACUGUCACUUUUCUCCUUCACUUUACCACAGACAAAAUAGAAUAAAAAGCUGGCUUUGUGCUCAGAGUUGCCUGGAGAGGUUGUUUGUGAUCUUUAUGAGUUCUCUGGUUACCCUCACUGUUUGAUUUUUAAAUAUUUAGGUAUUUAGGAGGCAAUUGGUUAUUUAGGAAUGCAGAAGUGCAUGUGAAGGGGAAAGGAUUGGAAGGUAUGGAAGGGAAAGAAGCUUUGGGGUCAAGGUGUGUAAUGGAGCCCAAUUCUUUUACUUUCUGGGACAUUGUCAGGGGAUCUCCCUCUGUAACAAAAAAAAAAAAAAUUCACUGAUCAUUUUGUGUUGAGGGCAGCCUGGAGGAUAGUUUUCAAAACAUAAUCUUCCUCUGUGAAUCAGUCCAGCAUCAAAACUGGCUGGGCAGUAGCUGAGCAGUGAGAAUGGCUGUUCUCUAGUGCCAGGAAUCAGGAAGACAAAGUGAGCUUUCUGAAAAAAACAGAGCUGGACGUUGUGAAGGAAAUCAAAGUAGAAAAAAUUUUAUUUGCCAUUAACUCAGGAACCAGAAAGAUACUGCUUUGCAGUAAAAAAAAAAAAGCUAAAGAUUAAUCUAGAUGUAACUUCAGUCUAAGUAAAUAUUUUGCCUGUGUUUUUAGUUUUGCUUGUGUGGGAUCACAGGAGUGAAGCCAGGAUGACUAAUGGAAACAGAAGUGGAAGUUGGAAAUAUUUUCAUUUAUGAUCUAAGCAAAAAUGUGGGAAUUUACUUAUUAUGUUUGCUGUUGAUGAAGUAGAAAGGCUUUAUUAUGGGAACCAAAAUAUUGUGCAGGAAGCAGUGGAUGAGCCCUAAAGCAACAAGAAUGAGGUGACAAUAUGAAAUAGAAGGAGAUGAAUCUAUAAAUUCUUGUUUAGCCUCUCUGAUAAACAAGACAAUCUUCAUAGGAAACUACAGAUGGUGCAGUCCUGGCAAGUGCAUUUGUGGUAACACAAACCAUCCAUUGUAGGAAAUAUUACUGACUUUAAAUAAAAUCCUACUAAUCCACCAGAUUAAGUACAGGUAAAAUACAGUAUACACUUUUGAUCAUCUUUGUUUAAGAAAGGUGAAUUCUUAAAGUGCAGGGAGGUCUGGGUGUGUUAAGGGGAAUGGAUGUUCUGUCACAGUAACAGCUGAAACUGGGUACAGAUUUCUUAGUACUGCACACUCCUUGUCAAUGUUAUGGAAAUGAAGUUCCUCAGAAUAAAAAUAAUCUAAUCAAAAGAAUAACCAAGCAUGAAUUUGGCAUGUACUCUGGAAGGUUUCUUCUAAACAUUGAUGGGGGAAGAGUGCUUGGAGGGUGCUUCCCUGCAGGGACCAUGAGAGCAAAAAGAUGGCUUUAAAGUGGAGCUCAAUCAGCCCGUGAAGGGGAUGGCAUUGUGUGCCUAUGACAGCAGCAAAUGCAACUCUGCAGGAAACAGAGCAUCCAGGCUGAUGAUCUGUUCAGAAGGUUUCCAGCACAUCCAAUCACUUAUCAUACAAACCCUGCAAGUCUGGCAAACUACAGAGCAGGCUGGACAUAGAAUAGAUGAUCGAGCAGUUGAAAUCGCAGCAUGGUCAUGAGUUUCCCUGGGAUGUUUCAGUACAAAUACACAUGCACAGUCAGCAGGAGUGGGAUAGUUGUCUGCUCUUUUGGCUCAGCGAGGCCUGCUGUCAGAUGUUUCUGUUAAUAUUGUUAGGCAGGCUCACUUAAAGGAAAAGGUAAAAAUGUACAGUUUGAGGAAUAGGUGAAUAUUCAUUCUUAACAUCUUAACUUUGGGAAGAGAAGGUAAACAUGGUGAGAAGCUUUGAAGUUUGAAAUUCUAGAUUGCAUGAAAUACAGUCUGUGCAGAAUGAAUAGAGAUUAAUUCAAGAAUUAGGCCUCAUCUUCCAGGUUGUUUGUGAUCUGUGUCCAUCAGAUACCUGCGUUUCUGUGAUGGGAUGGAUUAACUCUACAGUGUGGAUGAGAAAACUUGAUAAUUGAAUGGCCCUGCUCAUCUGUGCAAAAAAAACAGUUUUCUUGGAAACAAAGACGAGGCUGUGAAGAAGAGAGCCCAUUGCAAAUGUCAGCACCUCCUCUGAGUUUCAGUUACCUUCUCAAGUGUGGGUCUCAGCUGGAGGUGAAACUAGUGCUGCUUUGGAAGCAUAACAUGAGGAUUGAGUACUUAGCUGUGACACCCUGGCCCCUGGACCCAUCAAAACGCAGCACUUGGGUGGAAGUGACAAUGGAGGGAAGCUAUGACAUUUUGCAUGACAUCAGCUGCACCAUGAGGAAGCCCAUCACCAGUCUGUACCGCACCACAGUCAUCCGGCGCUUCUGGAACACCUUGCAGAGCAUCAACCAAACAGAUCAGAUGUUGGUACAUCUGCAGUCUUUUGACACAGUCCCAGAACACUUUACCAUUCCUGAGAGCACCAAGAAUGGGGUGCCCCUUUUCUACAUCCCACCAGGCUCCACCACUCCGGUAUUAUCUCUGCAGCACAGUGGGUCUGACUCAAGCCAUUCCCAGUUUGCCUCCUACUGGAAGCCCAUCCUUUCCAUGGAUGCUAACUUCUGGCAGAGGUGGCUGCACAUGCAUCGUAUAGUCAUCCUUCUGGAGCAUGACACGCCUGUGCCCAAGCACCUGCACACGCCGGGCAACAACGGCCGCUACAGCACCAUCCAGUGCCGCAUCUCGCACUCGGCGCUCACCUCCCUGCUGCGCGACUGGAGCAGCUUCGUGCUGGUGGAGGGCUACUCUUACGUCAAGCUGAUCCACGGGUCUGAGGAUCUUACCCCUUCCUCAUUCUAUGUGGUACGAAUCAUCUCCAAAGCUCCUUGCAUGGUUCUCCGGCUGGGCUUCCCCAUUGGCACACCUGCACAGGCCAGGAACAAGAUAGUGGAAGAGUUACGGGACCGAAUCUUGCAGCUGCGUUUUCCCCACAGGGUCCAGAGCAAGGAGGCCACUCCAAAAGCAAAGAGGAAAAUGUUGGGCAGUAGUUCUCCCUCCAAGUCCCCACCUGUGGCUGGGGCCCAGUCAGCCCUCUCAGACAGACCCUGCCUUGUUGUGCUGCACAAACCUUUGGAGAAGCUGCUUAUCAGGUAUGAGAAGCUGCCUUCUGACUAUCGAGCCCCCUUCAUUCUGAACCUGGAGCAUCCCCCCGUGUCUGGUCCCCUCACCAUGGUGGCCAAUCGCACUGCCUCCUCCACCCUGGCUUCGCUGUCUCGCUACUUCUAUCACCAGCGCUGGAUCUGGAGUGUCCAGUCAGGGCUGGCACCGGCUGUGCCCAUCACUGCUGUGGCCCAGCUCCUUUCCACACUCACAGAGGUUCGUCUGUCAGAGGGUUUCCACUUUGCAUCCAGCGGAGAUGGCAUUAUCAACAUGGUGCUGGAGCUGCCCAUGCAGAUUGAUGGCUCAAGUGAGAGCAGCAGUGACAGGGAGAAGCACACCUGUGUGGUCCAAUACAUCCUCUUCCCGCCCCACUCUACCUCCACCAAGGACAGCUUUUCCACAGAUGAUGACAAUGAUACAGAGGUAGAGGCCAUUGAAGUGGACACAGAACUGAAUUUGGUCACUGAGUGCUGGGUAGAGCCACAGAGUGGCCAUGUCCACAGUACUGCUGAGAACUGGAAGCACCUUCAUGGCUUGCCCUACCAGAAAAUACCUAAAGCGCUCUAUCCCCGGGACCUUGCGUGCAUCGCCACCAUGCUGACCUUCGAGUACAUCAGCCAGCUGUGCCAGAACAAGGAGUGGGUCUGCCCUUCUUCAGACGCCAAAGCUGCUGAAGAUCCAGACAUGGGGCCUGGCUUUCGAGUGCAUGAGAUCCCAUUCCAGUUCAACCUCAUGAAACUCUUGCCCAGGUGCCAGCAGGUGGAAAUGUUCUUUCUAAUGCUGACAAAAGCAGAGAAUGAGGAGGUGACCAAGGACUCUUCGUUUGUGCCCAAUGAAAUGCUACUAAACCUCUUCCAUGGCUGCCUUCAGCAUGACCUCAGUGACCGGGAGAUCCCCAUGGCCGAUGCUGAUCACGUGGCUUUCAUGGAGCAGGUUCUGCAACGGGAUCGUGAUGGCCAUCAACCCCCCUUCACGCUCCCUGUCAUCAGAGAAGAAACCCUAAAAGCUUCUGGGACCCUGGAGCAGCAGGAUGCUUCUGCAUCCUAUCAUCUUGUUGGCAGUAAUGGCACCAGGGAUAUGACUGGCUCCACAAGUACUCUGCAGAGCCUUGGCAACACAGAGCUGCCUGAGGAUGAUGUGACACUGAGUGACACGCUGGGGCCUUUUCCCCCUCAAUGGCGAUGUUAUGCCAAGCUGGUUAACCCGCAGCACGUGUUCCUGACCUUCCUGCCAGCCACCUUCUCAGAUGUACAGAAGCUGAUGGCUUGUGGGUUGGACAAAUCUCCAAAAGAUGAGAGUCGAUCUGGAGAAGAUACCAUGGGACCUGUCAGUGCAGAGCGAGUCAGAGCUGAAGAGGGGGAUGCUGCAGUGCCAUUGCCAACCCUCAGCAUAACACCAGCUCAUGAAGUGAGCCAGGACCCUGGGGAGCAGAGUGGCCCCUCCCGGAGAGAUGUGCACAUCUCCUUCUGUCGGCAGAACUCGCAGUCUGAGCUGGCCGAGUGCCGCCGGUUUCGCUGCCCCAUUUACAUCUACAGCUGCUCUCUGGAGCUGUUACGAGAGCAGCUCGUCAGCCCACGGGCACACCGCCCUCCUCGGGACAUCUUUUUCAGGUCCCAGUCUCUGGAGCGUCCUCCAACUACUGCCUGGCUAGACCACAAGCACAAGGAGUUGGUGACUUACUGCACACUGCUGCAGGAGCACUCCCACCAGUGCUAUGUGAAAGGGCUGUUCAAGAGCCUUCAGCAGUCACACAACAUCAGCUCCCAGGACCUGCUUACUGCCAUGGACUACUGCGAGGAGCUGCUCCAAGAGAUUGAUAUCACCAACUUCCUGCUGACGGUGUGCAGCCACGUGCGCUCAUUCCGAGAGAGCCAUCAGCAUUUCCAUACACACUCCAAGGCAGCCAGCUUCCAAGUGGGCAGCAUAGAGCAGGAAGAGGAACAGACCUCUAGGGAACGAGGUGUCUUGGUCUCAGAGUCAAGUGCUGAAAUGGAAGACUACAGUGAGCAGGACUCCCAUAACAUUGCCAGCCCCACGGAGGAGCCAAAGAGCAGUGUGGGCACCAGCUGCUGUUCAGAAUUUCCCCUCUCACUGCUGGAAAUUGGACAGCCCUGCCAGGCACACCCAGACUUGCAUAAAAUUAUCCAGGAAAAAUUCCUGGAAAUUGGAAGUUUACAUUUCAAGCCAGUGCCAUCAAAUCCUCACUAUUUCUUCUACUGCCCUCCAUCAGCCAAGAAAGAGGAAGAGGCAUCUCGGGAUCAGGCAGACAGGAAAGGCAGCGAGGACAUGGAGGGAUCAGAGGCAGAAAUGGCAGCUGAAGAAGGAACUGUGUCUGGAUGCUGCAUUGCCACAGAGAGUGACCCAGAGCUGGAGGUGGAGUACCGUGAGAAGCUGGAGCACGAGUUCCCAGACACAGAUUCCCUCUCAGACUCCAACACGGUGAACCAGGAUGACGACUCCUUCAGCGUGCUGGGAGGGGACUCGCUCAAUGAGCAGGAGUUCCUGGAGCAGGAGAUGCCCCCGCUCUUUGUGCACCUGACCUGCUCAGUGAAGCUGCGUAGCCAGCACAGCUCCAUGCCCGUGCAGUCCCUGCCAACUUGUCUAGGUGAAGUUCUGGGCUGCCUGGAAAGCUGCCAGGGCUUGAACACCAUUGACUUGGGGGACCUCUGCGUGACCCUGGACAUCUUUGUGUUGACACUGCCCCUGGAGAUAGAAGUUGUGAACACAGACAUCCUCCACAACAGAUGCACCUCAGAGAGCAGCGUGUCCUUCACGCGCUCUCCAGGGCAGCCGUCCUCUUUCCGCUCGGAUGAGGAUAUCAUGCACAACCUGGAACGGCUGCCGUCCACCGGAGAUGAGAGGCACCCUGCCCUGUCCAACCUCCCUGGAGUGCACAGGCAGGCUAUUGAAGCCACCAUGAAUGAGAUUCGCUGGCUCCUGGACGAUGAGAUUGUGUCAGCGCUGCGUCACUCGCAGGUCAUCAGCACCUCCAUCCUGCACAGGGUGGCCACCCACAUCUAUAACUCCAAGGGCCGGCCCAGCUGCCACAGCGAGGUGGUGCUGCUCCAGUUUGUCUUUGGGCCUGAGCACUCUCUGGAGAAGUUCAAGGAGGAGUUCAGAAGAAUGGCUCUGCCAGGCUACAUGCUGAAUGCAGAAGGCAACGACUACCACUACAUCUCCAUCAGCCGCCUGCACUCCAGGAGGACUGCUCCAGACCCUUCAGGGACACCCUGCUUGCAGCAGCCAGGUGCAGGGGGCACCAGGACAGGCCUAGGCCAGGAGGGGACCAGUGAAACAGAAGCAGAAGGCUCUGAGCUGUCACACCACACAAGCUGUGUCCUCCCAGAAGGCGGCCAGGGUCUCUGGGAGUGGCCAGAGAGUGAGACACGCAUUGUGCCGGACACAGGAAACCCUGCAGGUGGAGGCAGCCACACACAGAAUGAGGCUCCAGGAGAUAUGCUGAGACUUGAUCAAAGCAGAGCACCAGGCCAGGACUCCAUGGAAGAGGCAGUUCCAGAGACAACCAUACAGUCAUUGCCAUCGUCGUCCUCUGAAAAGGGAAACAGUGAGAAAUCACCACUGGUGACACCAUCUGCAGCAAGCCUGUCUGAGUCUGUAACACAGGGCAGGGAAGGCUCCAGCAGGCAGCGUCCCAGCCGUGUGCAGAGCCUCGUGUCGAGCCAGGGCAGCAUGGACUCCGACCAUCUGGGUUAUGAUGGGGGAAGCAGUGACUCGGAGUAUGAGGAGGCAUUAAUGAGCGACCAGGAGCCCAGGUGUCCCCUGAUGCCGGAUUUCUGGCUCAUCAUUAAAAUCCAUCAGGACCGAGUGGAGGUCUAUUACCACACACGCAGCCUGAGUGUGGAGAAGGCAGCAUCAGCAGAGACUGAAGAGGAGCAGCCAGGGGAGUGCCAGAGUCUCAACCAGGUGGUGGUGAAGAAGAUCAGUGAAAUCUGCAGAGUUGUCAAUCAGCGCUUGCUGCUGCAGGACCUGCAUGACAGCCACAUCUGCAACUCAUUACUGGUGGCAGAAAGUGAGGAGGACAUCUGGAAGAGUGAAACACCCUAUACUUCAUACAGGCAGCGUGUGAUGCCCACGGAUGAUUAUUCUGUAGAGGAGAGCUACCAGCCCCGGGACUACCUGGCUGCCACCAUGCAGUUCAUGCCAGGGCACUUUGCUUGUGGAGUGGUGUGGAGCACCCUCAUCCACGUGCAUUCACGCCUCAAGAUGGGCCCCAACAUGGGGGUCUCACGAGCUAUCCAGGCACUUCGCUCGGUGCUCAACGCCUUCUCUGUGGUGAACAGGAAGAAUAUGUUUGUCUACCAGGAACGUGCCACUAAAUCUGUUUUCUACCUCCGGCUGACUGAAACCACCCACAGUGGGAAGGUGUGGGAAGCAGAGAGCAGCCUUAGUGCAUCAUCUCGCUCGCUGGCACUGACACGCAGCCAGGAGCCCAUUUACACUGAGGAUCUAAUGGUUUCUCGUUCCUCUCUGGACACUGCCUCAUGCCGUAGUGUGGACUCUGCCCGCCCUGUGGGACAGAUAGACAGACAUAUCCAGUUGAUGGUCCAUGGUGUUGCCCCAGCAGGGCCUGAGAUCACAGACGAACUGGUGAAGGUGCUGCGCAGACGCCUGGAUGAGGCCACCCUGGAUAUCAUCACUGUCAUGCUGGUGCGGAACUGCAAGCUGACCCCAGCAGAUGUGGAGUUUAUCCAGCCCCCCGGGACGCCGCCCACCGAGGUCCUGCAGUUCUCCCUGCCGCCCUCAGCGCUGCCCUGGCUGCACGCCGUGGCCUAUUACCUGCGCCAGAACCUGCUCAUCUUCCUGCACACCCCCAAGUACACUGACAGCAACGUGGAGCACCACUUCAAGCACUACUUCAACCACAACGGGAGCAUCCCUGACCAGGAUCUCUAUUUGUACAACAAGCCGGGUGGCCAAGGCACUGGUGGAAAAGGAAUCGCGUGCAUUGCACUGACAUUCGUGGAUGAGCACGGCAGCCCCACCUUGCUGCCCCACGGGGAGAGGCCUGACCCUCUGAAGCUGCCUUCCCCCUCACCCAUCGUGGGCCUGCUGCAGGACAGCGAUUUUGAAAGCCUGACAGCCGUCAGCAGGCACCAGCCAGGGACUGAGCCCCUGCCUUCAGAACCUUGCGUGCGGGUGCGCCUGGAUAUCUGGGAGAAGGGCAACAUCAGCCUGCUGCAGCUGGCGGAGAAGCUGCGCGGGGCCCUGCGUCACGCGCUCUGCGACGCCGUCAUGGAGUUCCUCGUGCUGCCAGCCCCGCUGUGCGUGGAAGCCUCCUGCCCCCUGAGUGCUGCAGACCUGGAGGACCUGAGCGCUGCGGGAGGCCUAAGGAGGACCAUGUCAGAGACCAAGGGCCUGGCCUUGGCCAGUGCGGGGCCUGGCAGAAGCUGUCCUCCACCCCUGCACUUCACCUCUGCACCUUCACCAAGCUCUGGAGAGCCAGUGACACCCACAAACAAGCUGGGGCGCCGCAGCUUCUGGGACAUGCUGAGCAAGACGGAGUCCUCGGAGCUGGGCAGCCCCAAGACUACUGAUGACAUUGUGCUGGAGAGGCCAGAAGAGGCUCGCACGAGACGGCGCCACAAGACAGAGAAUGUCAAGCAGCACCUGAGCCAGGAUCGUGCCACAGCCACAGCUGAGCUGGAACAGGCACAGAGGCGCCGAGCCUGCCAGUUGGAAGAAGGAGAUGUAGGUACCGUGCACCCACUCUUCAAUCAAACCUGCCAGCAGUGGAUGGCAUUCAUGAACCACCUGGGGUGCCCGUCAGUGCAACAGUGCUCCUUGGAGAUGGUUUCUCGUUUCCUCCUGUCCUCCAUCCUAGUGGAAGUGGUGAACCUGGUCACUGCCCUGGCAAGUGACACCACUGUCAAAGUGUUUGAGCAGAUCUGCUACAAUCGGGGCACUGCCUUCCUGCCCUAUAAGUCUGGUCAGAAUACCAGCCCUUGCCCUGGAGUCAUCAGACACUUCAUCCUGCUGGGACGCAACUUCCAGCAGUGGCGUUGCAGCACAGAACAGGUUCACAAAGGGCUCCAGCGCUUUGAGGCCAUGGAAUUCAGCUCAGCAGAGAGAGGCUCUGAUCUCAGCCUUGUUGGUCGAGACCUGGUGCCCCGGCAAAGGUUCCUCUUCAUGGAGAUCAUUGACAAAAAGCUGACACUCUACACUUACAACUGGUCCCCAGACCUGGGGGCCAACUUGAACUGCUCCCUGACACGCCUGCUGCAGUGGCAGAAUGCGCGGUCCCACAUCGUGCACUGCCUGAUCAGCCAAAAGCUGGGACUCUUCCACCACCACUGCUUCAUGGACACACCAUGGCAUGAGGACAGCAAGCAGGAGCCAAAUCCUUUCCUGAACUCCACUUUGGAGGUGGAUGCGCUGAUCCGGAGCCCAUGUCCCCCGCCCAGCAAGGAGCAAGGCCGGCUGAGCAGCUCUGCCCGCAGCCUCCCGUCCCUGCACUUCCAUCCUGACGUGGUGCCCUUUGAUGAAGCUCUGCGGGAUGUCACCACCAUCAGGCGCUUACCCCACGGGCCUGACUUGGGACCUUUUGACCCUGUGGCUCGGCAUGGGGCCCAGUUCCUAGAAAUCAAGAGCAUGGAGAGGAAAGAACUGGAGAAACAGAUGAAGAUUGAAAACCUCUUUGUCACCUGGCAGCAGAGAUCAGCUCAGUCCAACAUGCCUAUCAGUCUGGCAGACCUGGAGACUCUGAAGCAGUCCUCACGCCUGGUUCACUACUGUGCCACCCCCUUGCUCUUUGACCCAGCCUUCCGGCAGCAAAUCCAGACUGACCAGCUGGGCAAGGUCGAGGGGAAGAAGCGCCACCGUUCCAAUGACUCUACAGCUUCGGGGAGGGACCGCAGCCACAGCUGUGACUCGGCAGAUGCACUGCCCUGCAAGGUGAAGGAGGAGCCCUGGCUGCAGGAGAUGUGCAAUGCCUUCCUGCAGCAGUACAUCCAGUACCUGCAGAGCAUGGGCUUCAUUCUGGUCCAGGUGCGGCCACCAUCACCUACCACUCGCAGUAGCACAAGCCGGAUCCGAGCUCUGGCAGCAAUGGGAGUGGAGGGUAGAGGGUCCUUUUCCUACACAAAGCCGAAACCAGAGGGAAGUCCAAAGAGCACAAGCCCUGCUGUUGCCACCUACCAUCUACAGAGAGCUCUUCCAGGUGGGAUUGUGCUCAUGGAGUUGGCCUUCCAGGGCUGUUAUUUCUGUGUGAAGCAAUACGCGCUGGAGUGCUCGCGCAUCCCCAUGGGCCAGUCCGUGAAUUCUCAGCUCUCCAUGCUUUUCACGGAGGAGUGUGACAAGGUGCGGGACCUCAUGCACGUGCAUUCCUUCAGCUAUGACUUCCACUUGCGCAUAGUCCACCAGUACCUGCUGGGCUCCCACAUGACUCUCCGCCAAGGCUACCAUCUCACCAGCUUCUUGGAGGAUUUCAUUGCCCAUCACUCUGACAUCCCCAAAUUUGGCCGUAACCACGUUUUCCAAGGCACGCUGGCCCUGCCCACCAACAUGAUCACUGCACACCAGCUGUACAACUACAUUGCUGACCAUGCCAACACCUACCACAUGAAACCCCUGCGCAUGGCCCGACCGGCCACGGGCAAUGACAGCAAGAAGGGAACACCAGGCACAGAGCAGAACGAAUAUGCACUGGUCUCUAUUUGGAACAGCUCGGGCUCCUACAAGGAUUCUGAAGGUCUGCGUCACCAUGAUGACUUCGAUGUGUCCCUCCUGGUUUGCCACAGUGCUGCACCGUUUGAGGAGCAGAGCGAGGCAGAGAGACGCAUGCUCCGGUUGCGUUUCUACGUCAUCAUGACAAGCCAGCGGGAGCUCUUCCCGCGGCUCACGGCCGACAUGCGCCGCUUCAAGAAGCUGCCGCGCUUGCAGCGGGAAGUGCUGGAGCCUGUGGUAGGCCGGGCCGCCUGGGAGGCAGCGGAGCCGGAGCCGAGCCUGGGCCGGCAGCCAUCGGCAGAGCGGGAGCUGUGGCAGGACGUGGAGGACAGCAGCGAGUUCUAUGCAGGGGGCACGCAGGUCAAACUGGGGCCAGGGCUCUUCUACACCUCUCCGCUCUUCCCCUUGCUGGCCUCUGAGGUGGCCUCAGCCCAGAAGCAGCUCAGCAGCAUGGUGCAGCUGGCCAAGUGCCACUGCCGCAGGGACAACCUCUGGAAGCGCCUUUUCCUUCUGGAGCCUCUGGCUUCUGACAAGCUGAAGCUGGGCAAGCUCUCGUUGGUGGAGCUGGAGGAGCUGCUCGAUGCCGUGCAUGGGAAAUCCAUUGCAGAUGUCGACCCUCAGCUGGAAUGCUUCCUCACCAUGACAGUCUCCUGGUACCAGAGCCUCAUCAAGGUGCUGUUGAGCCGCUUUCCCCAGAGCUGUCGGCACUUCCACAAUGCUGAAACUGGCACCCAGUAUCUGGUUGUGCUCAACCAGAAGUUCACAGAUUGCUUUGUUCUUGUAUUUCUUGAUUCUCAUUCAGGAAAAACGAGCCUCACUGUGGUUUUCCGGGAGCCAUUCCCAGUGCAGCCCCAGAACAGCGAGAGUCCUCUGCCGCAGCUUGUGUCCACAUACCAUCACCUGGAGUCAGUGAUCAACACCGCCUGCUUCAACCUGUGGACAGGCUUGCUCUAG